UCUGUUCAAAAUCCAAGAUGGCGUCUCAAAUGGCACAGGCAGAAUCAGGCGACGACUCUCUUUAUCCAAUAGCUGUAUUAAUCGACGAGCUAAGGAACGAAGAUGUUCAGUUGCGUCUGAACAGCAUCAAGAAAUUAUCAACAAUCGCCCUAGCCCUUGGUGUUGAAAGGACCAGGAGUGAGCUAAUUCCCUUCCUUACAGACACAAUCUAUGAUGAGGAUGAAGUGCUAUUGGCUUUGGCCGAACAACUUGGAAAUUUUACCCCUCUUGUUGGAGGACCAGAGUUUGUCCACUGCCUUCUGCCUCCUCUGGAGAGCCUGGCCACAGUGGAAGAGACUGUAGUCCGCGACAAGGCUGUUGACUCCCUGCGUACCAUCGCUGCUCAACACUCGCAGGCAGAUCUGGAAAAUCACUUUGUCCCACUUGUGAAGAGAUUGUCUGGAGGUGACUGGUUUACCUCUCGCACGUCAGCAUGUGGACUGUUUGCAGUCUGUUAUCCCCGAGUGUCAACUACCAUCAAAGACGAACUCCGACAGCAAUUUAGAAAUUUGGCGGGAGAUGACACCCCAAUGGUUCGUCGGGCUGGAGCGGGAAAACUUGGAGAAUUUGCCAAAGCUGUGGAGACCGAAAAACUGAAAUCUGACCUUAUACCUAUGUUUACAAUAUUGUCUCAGGAUGAACAGGACUCUGUGAGACUGUUAGCUGUAGAAGCCUGUGUCAGCAUUGCCUCCCUGCUACCUUCAGAGGACACCGAUCAGUUUGUGAUGCCAACUUUACGAUUAGCAGCGGAGGAUAAGUCCUGGCGAGUACGCUACAUGGUCGCAGAUAAAUUCAUUGAACUACAAAAGGCAGUAGGACCAGAGAUUACAAAGAAUGACCUGGUGCAGGCCUUCCAGGGACUAUUGAAGGACUGUGAGGCAGAGGUCAGAGCAGCUGCUGCUCACAAGGUCAAAGAUUUCUGUCAGAACCUGUCGGAGGAUGUACGAGAACAGGUUAUUAUGAACAGUAUCCUACCCUGUGUGAAGGACCUGGUAUCUGACGCUAAUCAGCAUGUCAAGUCCGCCCUAGCCUCCGUCAUCAUGGGUCUGUCUCCUAUCCUUGGAAAGGACAACACAAUAGAACACCUACUGCCCCUGUUCCUAACACAACUGAAGGAUGAAUGCCCGGAGGUCCGACUGAACAUCAUCUCAAAUCUGGACUGUGUAAAUGAGGUUAUUGGAAUCAAGCAGUUGUCACAGAGCCUUCUGCCCGCCAUUGUUGAGUUGGCUGAGGACACUAAGUGGAGAGUGAGGUUGGCCAUUAUAGAGUACAUGCCACUCCUAGCUGGACAAUUGGGUGUUGAAUUCUUCGAUGAAAAAUUGAAUUCCCUGUGUAUGACCUGGCUUGCUGACCAUGUGUUUGCUAUCCGUGAAGCAGCGACCCUGAACCUUAAGAAGCUGGUGGAGAAGUUUGGAUCAGACUGGGCCUCUCAGACUGUUAUACCCAAAGUGAACUCCAUGGCCCGCGAUCAAAACUACCUACACAGACUCACCUGUUUAUUUUGUAUCAAUUUAUUAUCAGAGGCCCUUGGGUCAGAAAUCACCAACAAGACGCUUUUGCCAACCAUCACCAGUCUUGCGGCUGAUUCGGUUGCCAAUGUAAGAUUCAACGUCGCCAAAAGUCUUCAGAAGCUGGGGCCUCAUUUUGACCAAACGACACUACAAGGCCAGGUAAAGACGACACUGGAUAAGCUGAAGACAGACGGAGACACAGACGUGCAGUACUAUGCUUUGGAGGCAUUGGAUGGUUUGAAGUUGAGCUAGGAAACAAAUCGAGAGUUUAGGUAAAUCUUUCAACAAGUCAACAUGUGCUGUUUAUCAAUGUUUUAUGUUGUGAAUUCUUGGGCGUGAAUCUUACCGACAUCGUGUUGUAUCCAUCGAUCGUCAUCAGUUUCAUCUGCGCGGCGGACAAACAGACAGACACUGCACAAUAAACUUGAGAGAACAAGGACAGACAUCAAAUAUGUUUCACAUUAUAAUUUGAGAAGAAUUGCUUAUUACUGCAAUGGUCUUAAUUUUCAGUAGAUCCAAUUAUUAAAUUUUCGUCAUUCAUUUAUGCAAAAAAAAUGUGAUUUAUAAAACACAUGGACCACAGGAAGACUUGUGUCACUGUGGUACGAAGAGUUAAAACUCCAAGUCAUCAGGAUGUUUGGAUGACCUUGACACCAUCAACCACUGACCAGGUGACCUUUAUGUAAACAAUGGCAUAAUGGAUUAUUAGGAUUACUACCUUAUAAACUCUAACCCACUCUUCUAUAGUACAGUUCACUCCGUCUAAACUGGGCUCCCUGGGACAGUAGAAAAUGUCAUUUUGGAUGCUCCCUGGGACAGUGUAAAAUGGUUAGUUUGCACAGAAUUUUAGAUUGUACAUCAUCAGAACCAAUUUAUUUGGCAGGUUUAGACAAAAAUCCAGAUUGGACAGAGUUCGGUUUGGAGCGAGUUUACUGCGAGAUAUUAUUAACUACUACAUUACAUAGCAGUUUUUUGUGAAUGUGUUUAGUAAACCUGUAGUGACAGAGUAACGGUGUUUGUUUACGUAUUCCUGGAAAAUUCAUUAUUAAUCUAGAGCAGUUCCAGUGGUCAUUUGUACAAAAGACUAAGAUUAAUUUUAAAUUGAUGUAUUGAGCUCACUGUUCUGGGACGUAUUGGUAUACUAGUUGUGUGAAGGCAUUUCCUCACAGGCGACAUCUCUAACAACACUUAGGUAGCUGGUCAUUCUUUAUAAAGAGGAAAAACACUUUUUGUAAAAUAUAUGAAGGUAGCACAAGUUUCCUGCUUUUCCUUUCUCCAAUCUCCAUCACAGUAAUAUUGAGCAGCAGCAUCAGUCUCACCAUCUUUACUCGGCGAGACUUUCUGUAGAUACCCACACUUUACUCGGCGAGACUUUCUGUAGAUACCCACGCUACUUACUUUCUAUCAAUAUGAAAUUCCGAUAAUGGAAAUAUUUGGAUAGGUCAAUUUUUGUGAGAUAUGAAAAAUAAAGACAUCCUUGGUGAAUUUUUAUCAAAUGUCAUUAGAUUAAAUAGCUUUAAAAGUUCAUUGAUUCAGCAGUGUUAAAUAGAAAUAUUUUUCAAACUUGUCAGUUUUGACAGUACUUUCUUGAAAUAACUAAAUUGAAAAUAUAUAUAUUCUGGCAAUUUGAAUCAUAUGAAUAGUUUUAUGUAUCAAGCAUAAAUUUAGAUGUUGAAAUUCAUUAAUAACUGCAUGUGUUUUAUACAUCUCAAUUAAAGUGCUAUUUAAAAUAUAAUUGAGGUUGAGCAGACGUGUAAAACAACAAAAAAUAUAUAUUGUGUGUUAGUGUCACAUGGUACAAAUUUGGUUAGCAGCUGUGAUUGUGAUGUAUGUAGCUUCACCUUCCAUAAAUAUCAGGGUAUGUCUCUUCUGGGUCAUGUCUAGGUAAAGAUAACCUCUAAUGGGUCAUACCCAUAUAAGGAUAUAACCAAUAAUGGGCCAUACCCAUAUAAGGAUAUAACCACUGAUGGGUCAUACUCAUAUAUGGAUAUAACCACUGAUGGAUUAUGUCCCUAUACGUCAGUAUAAUCAUGACUAGGUCAUGUCCAUAAAGGGCAUGGUCAUUAAUGAGUCAUGUCCAGUUAAGGCAAAGCAAAUUAUAGUCAAUGUCCAUAUAUGGAAAAUAUAUGAUUUUGUGUCCAUAAUAAAUUCAAGCACACAGGUAAAAUGUGUUCAAAUUGUUCAGUAGGGAAUAACAAUAUUGUACUCGGAGAGAAGAAUGUUUUCAAUCCACUUCAAUCAUUUCAGAUUGGUAAUUAGGAUGUGUAGUCAAAUACUGCAGCAGAAUUGGAUACGUUGACAUGAAACUGAGAUUAAUUUUAAGCAUAAAUGGUAUGCUGCUUUUAUACUUCUAGUAGAUAGUGAAAAAGGAUUUUACUUCAGAAAACACUGGUCAUAAAGGCAUUAUGGACAUUAUAUUUAAUUAAAGUUAACUAAGUAUGUACUGUGUGUUUGUUAUUUUGUUCCUUUGGAGCUGUGGCAUUUUCUAUGCAAGUUCAAAAGUGACGGAGAUUUUAACGACACUUGUUAAUAAUUGGAUAUAAAAACAAUGAAAAUUACCACGAAAUUGAAUAAGUAUCUUAUUACAUGUGCUUGUUAUCCAGGCAUUUAGCUAUGAACAAUGGGACAUAUAAAUUGACCAUACUUAAAUACUUGGUUGGUUAUAAUAUUUUGAAACUACUUUAUUUAGUGAAAUUACUUCAUUGACUGCAACUUCUUAAUCCAACGAUGAUAAUAAAGACAAACCACUCGAUCAAAUGAAACUUUUUAUCCAAUUAUUAUACUUGGUACAAUUGUAUUAUAUUUAAGAAAUUAACCUUUGAAGCAGUUGAUACCGAAUUAGUUUCAAGACCAGCUCAAUUCAUCUACUUGUGAAAUUGACCAAAGCAAGAUUCAAUCCUUCUAUUAAACAUAGAUCUUAAAAAUAUAGUGUGUCAUUUGAGGACUUGUACAGCGAUGUAGUAAAAAGUGAUAUUUCAUCAUGACAAUAGUAUACAAUAAAAUGUAAAAA